AUGUCUGACGAGGUCUACGAGGGUGCCAUUGGCAUUGACUUGGGUACUACUUACUCUUGCGUUGCCAACUAUGAGGGCUCCAAUGUUGAAAUCAUUGCCAACGAGCAGGGAAGCUUCACCACUCCUUCCUUCGUCUCUUUCACCGACAAGGAGCGUCUUAUCGGUGAGGCCGCCAAGAACCAGGCCGCCAUGAACCCCGAGAACACCAUCUUCGAUAUCAAGCGUCUUAUUGGACGACGAUUCGAGGACCCCGUUGUCAAGAAGGAUAUCGAGUCCUGGCCCUUCAAGGUCGUCGACCAGGGUGGAAACCCCAUGGUCGAGGUCGAAUACUUGAACGAGACCAAGACCUUCUCUCCCCAGGAGAUCUCCUCCAUGGUUCUUACCAAGAUGAAGGAAGUUGCUGAGACCAAGCUCGGCAAGAAGGUCUCCAAGGCCGUCAUCACCGUCCCCGCUUACUUCAACGACAACCAGCGUCAGGCCACCAAGGAUGCGGGUGCUAUUGCUGGCUUGAACGUUCUCCGUAUCAUCAACGAGCCCACUGCUGCCGCUAUUGCCUACGGUUUGGGUUCUGGAAAGUCUGACAAGGAACGCAACGUCCUUAUCUACGAUCUCGGUGGUGGUACUUUCGAUGUCUCUCUCUUGAACAUCCAGGGUGGUGUCUUCACUGUCAAGGCUACUGCUGGUGACACUCACCUUGGUGGUCAGGAUUUCGACACCAACCUUCUCGAACACUUCAAGAAAGAAUUCACGAGAAAAACUAAGAAGGAUCUCUCCAACGACCCUCGUGCUCUCCGUCGUCUCCGUACCGCUUGUGAGCGCGCUAAGCGUACUCUUUCCAACGCUACUCAGACUACUGUUGAAAUUGACUCCCUCUUCGAUGGUGAGGACUUCAAUGCUCAGAUCACUCGCGCUCGUUUCGAGGACCUUAACGCCAAGGCUUUCGCUGGCACCCUUGACCCUGUCCAGCAGGUCUUGAAGGACUCUGGCAUUGCCAAGAGCGCCGUUGACGAGAUUGUCCUUGUCGGUGGUUCUACCCGUAUUCCGCGUAUUCAGAAGUUGCUCAGCGACUUCUUCGACGGAAAGAAGCUCGAGAAGAGCAUCAACCCUGAUGAGGCUGUUGCCUACGGUGCUGCUGUCCAGGCCGGUAUCCUCAGUGGAAAGGCCACUUCCGAGGAGACCUCUGACCUCCUCCUUCUCGAUGUUGUUCCUCUCUCCCUUGGUGUCGCCAUGGAGGGUAACAUCUUCGCUCCCGUCGUUCCCCGUGGCCAAACCGUUCCCACCAUCAAGAAGCGUACCUUCACCACUGUUGUUGACAACCAGCAAACUGUCCAGUUCCCUGUCUACCAGGGUGAGCGUACCAACUGUGAGGACAACACCUCUCUCGGUGAAUUCACUCUCGCUCCUAUCCCUCCCAUGCGCGCUGGUGAGGCUGCUUUGGAAGUUGUCUUCGAGGUUGACGUCAACGGUAUCCUCAAGGUUACCGCUACUGAGAAGUCCUCUGGCCGCACCGCCAACAUUACCAUCUCCAACGCUGUUGGCAAGCUUUCCAGCACUGAGAUUGAACAGAUGAUCAACGAUGCUGCCAAAUUCAAGUCCAGCGAUGAGGAAUUCAGCAAGAAGUUCGAGGCCCGCCAACAACUCGAAUCCUACAUCUCCCGUGUUGAGGAGAUCAUCUCCGACCCUACCAUGUCCCUCAAGCUCAAGCGUGGCAACAAGGAGAAGAUCGAGUCUGCUUUGAGCGAUGCCAUGGGCCAGCUCGAAAUUGACGACUCCACCCCCGAUGACUUGAAGAAGAAGGAGUUGGCUCUUAAGCGCCUCAUCACCAAGGCCAUGGCCACCCGCUAA